AAAUAAGUAGUCAAAAUCGCACAAAUGGGAGUUAUUUGCUGUUGUGAUUAUUUGAAAAGGGAAAAUUUCCUUUUCCUAAUGAUAUGGAUUCAUGAUAUUUAGGAUUAUAAAUUCUGUUUGCUUUAAGGAUAAUAAGUUUUUUAAAAGUUCUCAUAUUAGGUUAAAAUGUAUUCCUGUGUUAAGCAGUACUUAUUUUUAUUUUAAUAAAGGGAAAAUUUAAUCUUCCAAUAUGGAUUAUAAGAAUUUCUGGGACGAAAGCGUAUCGCUGUAUAAUUCUUUAGAAGAACAAAAGUGUUUGUGCCCUUAUAAAUUAAAUCCAAAUACUUUUCUUGAAAUUUCGAAAGCUUGUCUUGAAGAAUCAGAUGAUGAAAAAAAAGAUUGUCAGUUGCUAUGUAUCAACAUGCUAAGAUUACUAGCUGAAACGUAUGUUGCAGAAAUUAAUAAAUAUCAAAGAAUAUGCAAAGAAAUACAAAUAUUAUUCAGAGCUCUUUGUAAAGAAGAUUUGUUUUACUACAUGGUGGACAAAUAUUUAACAACAGGCAAUCAACAUUUGUCAUGGUCAUUUGCUAAGACUUUAUCAACAAUUUCCUAUGGUUCUCCACUAUUCAUUACUAGGGAAAGGAUAAAUUUCAUUGUAAAGAAUUCAAUGUUGCAAUCAUCUGAUAAUAAAUGUAUCCGUCUGAUUGAACUUUUAAGUUUCAUCAUUAGCCCUGGUUUGAAAGUUUCUCAUAACAAAAAUGAGGAUAGUAAAUGUCAAAAUAUAGUAAACUGUACUUUGCCGUUGUCUAAAGAUCACUAUAUUAGUAUCUGCUCUGAGCUUAUUCUACACUGGAACAAAAUGGUGGAGAUGUAUUCUAAUCCUAAAACAUUGGAAGAUAAGAAAGAAGUGGCUUUUCUGCAUUUAUGGAGGCUAAUUAUUAAUGGUCCUUUACAAGAUGAUGUAUUUGUUAUCUUUUUGAACAAGAAAUUCAUUCUAGAUAUUUUGUGUCUUCCCAAUUUUAGUAGACCAAAUGUAGUCUCUUUGUAUGUGGAAGUGAUAAUUAAAAUAAUUUCUUCCAACUUGAAAUGCAGACCAUGGAAAGGUGAUGAUUAUAUGCUCAUUGAAAAGUCAGUAACUACUGUUUUAACGAGUGGUCUUUUAGAGUCAUUAUCGACAAAUGACCAAGAAUUUUGCAGUGCCAUUAAAAAAACAUCUUCUUGUGGUUCUAUAAACAUGUCAGAUGAAGUUGAGAAAAAAAUUGGUGCAAUUGAAAAGAAAAUUAUUUUUAUUCUGAUGAAUUUGCUAGCUGAUUUUCAGAAUAUGCAGUUACUGUGUGAAUCAUAUCAGAAAAUAAUAACUUUUAUUAAUCAUAAAAGUAUGCUUGCACCUCUUUGGCUAGUCAACAUGUUUUUAGAUGAUGAUGAUCUUUUAUUUGGUGUUAUGCUAGCAUCUUUAAGGAUAUAUAGGAACCUACAAAAUGAGAACAAUAUUAGAACUGAACAGUCUUCUAUUCAGCUGUUUCUCCUACACGACAUCAAUCCUCACGCUUUGUUUAUCCAGUUGUUGCAGUUGUUAGGCUGUGAUCAUAAUGAAUUUAUAUCAUUUCUCGUCUCUGAUGAAACCUGUUGUUUGCUAUAUUUAACUGAGUAUUUGAAAUUGCUUUUGAAUGAGAAAGAUCAGUUUCUGAAAACUUAUGUUAUGAUUAUGUCUGACAAAAAAUUUAUUUCUGCAAAUACCGGUAGGGAAGAGAAAUGUCAACCUGCAGAUGACCAAAGCAAGUCUAAUAACGAACAAGCUCAAUGCGAAUCAACUAGUGCCAAAGAUUCUAGUGUUGAAAUGAAAGAGAAUUUAAUUGUAAAUACAAACUCCAAUAAUGAAGGAGAAGAAAUUAAAAAAAAUAACUUCCAUCUUGUGACGUAUUCUUCCUCAAGUUCUGAAGAUGAAAGUUGUGAUGAAAGCAAGGCAGAAGAUCUAUUCAAAAUUAUAUCAGUAUUGAUAAAUUUAAAAAAUGGCAUUCAGAAAUUAGUCAACUUAAAAGAAUUUCCAUAUAAUAUAUCCCCAUUAUUGUUUUUAUUGAAAUCAUGCGAAGAUCUAUUUAGAUAGUUUUAAAAAUAACUUUAUUAAAAUUUUUACAAUUUUGAAUGUGAUAUAAAAAUUAUUCGUGAGUAUUUUUUUUAAAAAAAUUGAAUGGAAAUAAAAAGAAGCAUUUUUUAUUGUUUAAACUCAAUGCUAAAAGACAAAUUAACAUUUGAUUUGAAAUUUCAAUUAAAUAAAAAUGGAAACAGAACAGUCUGCUAAGAAAAACAAGUAUUUUAGUUACAAAGUUUGUCAACAGAGGAUGCUGCUGACUUAGAAGGACUAUGAAACAAUGUUUUCAAACUAGCAACCAUUUGUAACAGCUACCAUUUGCUGCUUCAUUCUGAGGUCAAAACUAACAGAUACUUGCCUAAACAUUUUAAUUGGAAUAGUCUGACAUGGAGCAGGAAACGUAGUUUUAUAGUUUUCUAUUUAGCAUUGCCAUCUGUUGACAAACUUUUGGCAAGAUAGGUUGCCUGUAUUUAAUCCUGCAUUUUUAAUAGAUCAAUCGUCAAAGAUAAUAAAGGAGAAAUGCGAAAUUUAAACAUAAUUUUAAUAACAUUUUAACUGUAAAAUUAAAAGCACCCUGGAUUAUAAUCAAAGACGUAGAACGUAAGAUUAAGUGCAAACCAAAGCGCAAAAACAGAGAAGGAACAAAAUUUUACAAAAGUAUAUAUACAUUUCUACCACUUAAAAUUUAGUUCAGUUCGUUAUACUUCAGGAAGGAGAUUACAGAGAAUGUAUAGAAGAUACAUCGAAGUUUAGAGGUUUGCUAGGUCACUAACUUUGGUACUUAAGCCUAGUAUGCUAAUUACACCACACAAACUCCCCCUCCAUAUUCCGGAGAUAUGGAACUAAAGAAUUCUCAAUUUUACCUGUCUACCAUUUUUAGUAAACAAAUGAGGUUGAUAUUCAGGUUUUGAAGGAUUCAAAGGAAUGGAUGUUUCCAAAAAGGCAGGCUUGAGAAGAUCUAUACUGAUUGUGGCUAUGCGGGAUCCAGUUUUUAAAGUGAGAUGCUUACCUUGUCGUGAAAGUACCUGAAAAGGUCCGUCAUAUGUAGGAGUCAAUGAGGGUUUGGCCCAAUCUUUUCGAAAAAUCAUUUAACACAGGAUGCGCAAAACAGAUUUGGUUGGAGUGAUCCGUAGGAGGAACGCGUGUAAGCUUUUCCAUUGUCUCCCACAAGUUUUCGAUGAAAGUUGGCUCUUCUCUGGGUUUGUGGAAGGUUUGAAAAAUUGGCUGUGUAGGCGUAAACCAUUUCAGAACAGAAACCUUUGAAGUCAUCUUUUGAAUGCUGAUCUGAUCCUAGGAGAGCGAUAGGAAGAGUCACGUUUCAUCAAAGUUUGUUACGGCACAUAAUAUCUUGCUUUAAGGUUCUAUGCAGGCAUUUGAUCAUAUCAUUCGCCAUAGCCUGAUAUGGGUGCGGUACGGAUUCUUUUUAUUUCUAGUAUGGAAGAUAGCAGUUUUGUCAUGAAUUGUUGGUCUUGAUUGCUUGUACUCCAGCUGGCUACAGCUGGAGUAUAUUAUAACUACAGCUGGUACUCCAAAUUAGGCUAUCUAGUCAGUAACGAAACAUUUUGCAACAGUUUCAGCCGAUAUGUCAGGGAUGGGUAUGACUUCAGGCCAUCGAGUAUAGCGAUCAAUGCAUGUUAGCAAGUAAUGAUAGCCUUCUGAAGAUGGGAGAGGUCCAACCAAAUCAAUAUGGAUGUGCUCGAACAGAUGAUCAGGCAACUUCAAGAUAUGCAAAGGGCUAUUAAGUAUGUCUUUGAACCUUCGACUUUUGACAGUUGAUGCAAGAACGUGUUCAGUGCGCAACAUCUCGGUUUAUUGACGGCUAGAUAAAUCUUUGCUUUAUCAAUACUCUAGUCCACUGAUACCUGGAUAUGAAAGACUAUGCAAACUGUCAAAAAUAAUCUUUCAAUAAUUGACCGGCACAUAUAGUAGUACUAGGUUGUUUCACUCGUCACUGUAGAGGAAAACAUUCGACUGAACUUGCAUUUUCUGAAGUAGAGUUGGGCAAAACGAAUCAUCUAAAGUGAUUCGAAUCAAUAGAAUUGUUUUUAUUGAAAUAGAUUUGUUGUUGUAAUUCAUUUACGUCGCAAUAGAGCUGCGCUAUGUGCACGAAGUC